GCAAAACAGAUAUAGCAAACUUCAAAAUUACGAACGUCACGCACUUUUUUCUCAAUUGCUAUUACAAAUGGCUGCUUCUCAGCCUGAUCUUUCUAAUUGGUUCAUGUUAUAUACCCAUGUUAUGUGAAGUUGGAUCAUGUUAUAUACCCAUAUGAAACGUGCGAUGGCGCCGGAUUUUUGAAACAGCCCGUUUAUAAUACAAUAAUAAUAAUAAUACAAUAAUAAUGGUUAUCGACACAACUUCAUCGAUUAAUGCUGAUCAGCUGAUAAAAUUGUUGUACUAAUUGGUUUUCUGGCGGUUUGUUAUUUAAUUCACCUUUAGUUUUAUACAUUUUAAAAACUCCAGUUCUCCUCGGUAUAAUUAUACUUGUUCGAAGAAGAAAUAUUAAUCAGUAAUUAAAAUUUAUUGAGACAUGGAGCCACCUCCAACUAAAAAACCUAAAAUGGACGUUGCCUCUUCGGGAGUUAUUAUACUUAAUCCUGCUGGUGCUCCUGGAAAGAAAGUGGCGGAUUCUAAAUUUAUCCACUCUAAUCCCAAAAAUGUAUAUCCCACUGGAGCUCCUGCAUCUCUGCGCAUUCUACCGAAAUUGGCGCAUACUACAAUUAUUAAAAAAAGUGUACAACCAAUUGCCGCUAGGUCUGUAACACUUUCAACACCAACGAUCCAGCUGGAUAAGCCAGUUGCAACUGGAAGAGAAUCGCUAUUAAAACAGCAAAAUCAGUUAACACAGCAAAAUACCCUUAAGACAACAACAACUACACUUUUACAGCAACCGCCCGUAAAACUAACGACACAACAACAACUUCCGAAACCGUUCACCAUACAGACAAAUAACUCUAUACGCCCAAAUACCCAAAACUCCACUUUAAAACAAACCAUUUUACCAUCUAAAGCUUAUAAAUGGCAAACAACUCAAGAAUAUCUGAUGGCUAAAAGGCAAUCUACCGCAAACGGAUUGACUCAGCAAAAUAAUCCUGCAAAAUUAGCCACAAAUCAGCAAAUAACAAAACCAUUGAAUAUACAGGCUAAAAACUAUACACCGCAAAUUUCAAUGACUUCAGUUCCAAAACCUCGUAAGUUGCUGCCUAAACCUCAGGUACCAACGGCUACGCUUCAGACAAAUGUUACACCUCAGCAACGUUCAGAGCCGCAGUUCCAAUAUAUUGAAUUCAUAAAUGAAGCGUUAUUUGAUUAUGAGGAAACUAAUAAAAAGCAAGUUAUUUCAGUGUCUGAUUCUGAAGAUAAUACCGCAGAGAUUGAGGAAAAAACUCUAGAAUAUUUGUUGCAAAAACGCAAAACCCCCUCAAUCGACUUAGAAACGGAAACGCGGCACGCAGAGUGUGUUUCAAAAUGUGUUCAAACCGAUCAACCAGAUGAUGAUCGAGUUUAUUGCGGCUUCGUAAAUGUUACAAAAGAUGGGUCUGACAAAUAUUUUAAUCUUCGCUGCUUUUAUUGCGAUGCAGAGUAUCCGAUAUCGUUUUAUUCAGAUUUUUCUGAUCAUAUAAAUGAAAAUCAUGGUAACCUGGAAAAGGUUCAUGUCAAUGAAAACCAUGGGAACUUGGAAAUGUUUCAUGUUGAAAACGAUGAUAAGAAUACUACAAAUGAAAUGGUAUUUAGCGAUUUUUCUGAUUCGAGUGACGAUAUGCCACAAGAAGAUUCGCAACAUAGAAAACUCUUUAUCAACUUAAUCGAUACGGGAGCUAAGGAGACAUAUAUUCCAUCAAUGAAAAACAAGAAGGAACUGUUACCAGAAGAUUUUGACGAUGGCGAGGAGCCUGAAACCGGAAGUGAAUCAGAAUCAAAUUACAUGUGUGUAGAAAAAUAUGACCCCAAUAUUGAUCACUGCUACAGUCAAAGCGGCUCAAAUAAAUUCAAAUUCAAGAGUGAUGCACAGCCAGUGGAUGAGAUAAUUUUCGGCAAAACAUCACGUGAGAUUGUGUUGGAUUUUUUGGAUCAUUUAAAAGGAUUCUCGUGUUUGUGGCGCCAUCGUGACUUGGCGCCGGUGAAUUAUGAUAAUGAACUGUUGGAUUUGAUGGAUAUAUUGGUAGACAAAUGGGGACUUAAUUUGAAAAUACGACCUUUUCGCAAAAAUUUGGAGAAUAUAAAAUCUUGGUAUAUUGGGAUGACCAUAUCGAAAGAAGAGAUGGGUGAAAAAUUCAAUGAACACACAUAUAUCGAUUUCUAUAAAAAAUGUGCAGAAUACUUGCCCGUUGGAAACACGAGUAAACAACAUAAAAUUCACUGUAAUCUGUGCGAUCGUUUUUGUUUUGACAUGAUCGGCUUACAGAUGCACAAAUAUAGAAAGCAUAAAAUUGGGCAAUUGCCCCAUGGGUGUAGUAAGUGCGACAAACGUUUCGAUUAUGUGCACAAAUUGCGUCGCCACAUACUGAAGAAUCACACGAUCAUUCCGGUGCCGAUUCGUAAGUAUGUUCCACCGAAACCUGCACCGCCGCCGGAGCCAGAUACCAAAUGCUUCGAAUGUAACACUGACUUUCCCAAUUCAGAGGAAUACAAAAGACAUUUGGAAAUCCAUCCUAGAGGUGACUGCCCUUAUGCAUGUGAAGAGUGUGGACGUCGAUUUAAAACUGUCUCUGUUCGUAAUUCGCAUAAAAAACGCCAUCAAGAGCCAAGCUUUCAAUGCUUAUUGUGUCCGAGAAAAUUCUUUUUCGCGUAUCACUUACAACAGCACAUUAGUUGCCACAAAGGUGAUCCGAACUAUAUUUGUGAAUUGUGUGGGAAAACAUUCAUCCGUCAAAAAUUAUUCAAGGAACAUGUCGACUAUGUGCACCUCGGUCGUGGCUAUUGUAAAAUUUGUGAUCGUCACUAUCAUAAGAGGUCUAUACUCCAUAAACAUUUAUGUAAUGUGCAUCGACCGGUAAUUGGCUCAGUUGAUGAUCUGGCAAAACGUCGUCGUCAAAUGCUCCGCGAACCGGGAAGUAGGAAGGGCUUAGGGGCAGGACCCCGCCCCCAAACAAGAAAGUACACAUACUUGACUGAUCCUGUGACGCAAAAACGUCGAAUCGCAUGUCCCAAAUGUGAUAAGAGCUAUUAUCAAUAUGAUUCUUUAUACGCACAUGCCAAGAAGGUCCACGGUUCUCUUCCUGGUUAUCUGGAGCGGCCAACGGGAAACCAAAAAACAACGAAUCGCAAAAGAAAACGAGGUGGCAAAAAAAUUGAUGAUAUGGAAGAUGAAGCAGCAUCUGCUGUUAACGCAAUCACUACAAGGUCUGCUAUAAAACUCGACGACAGUGCUAUAGAUCACAACAAUCCAGUCGAUCCAAAUUCUAGCGGUAUUACAGAACCCAACAAAAGCCCUGUCGCUAACAAUUAUAGUGCUCCCGAAAGUGAGAUUAAAGUUGAAAGAAAUAUGACUACAAUGUCUUUUGAAAAGUUUGUUGAUGAAAUUGCCAUGGGCAGUAACUUUGUUCCAAGCAGUUUACCAAAUUUAAAUGAACAGUCGCCGGUAAAAAACGAGGCAGCACCGUGUGUCAAAAGCGAAGAGUUUGAAGUUAAUGAUUAUGAGUUUAUGUUAAAUGGUAGUUCCGUUUUAAAUUUUUAAUGAUUUUUUGUUAUAAAUUUCUUAGAUUAACCAUUUUUAAUGCUGCAGUGUAUGAACGUAUUUAAAAUAACAUAACAUUCGUUAUAAAUGAAAAGGUCCUAUUUGCAAUAAUUUUGGAAAAUUUUUCCUUUAGUUUGCUUUCAUAUAGUCGACCUCACCGAAAUUCAAAGCAAAAUACGAGAUUUAUUUGCAUCUUAAGAUCCAUCCUAUACAAAUUUAAUAAGUUUUUACUUUAAUGGCGCGGAUAUUAUAGAAAACAAAUACUGAAACAUAUCGUAGGUAUAGUAUGGAAAGGGCGUAACUCACAAUGUCGCUGAAAUACAAAAAGCCGUAACUAACUAAAAAUCCAAAAUUCA